GGAUGUUCUGCCCCGGGGUCUCCACAUCGACUGGCCUGUGUAGCCUCUCGGGCAUUUAUUGCAUCACUUAUUAUUUUUACUGAUCACUUCCUCGUUAGGAACCUAACUAGUACACGUGGACGUCUUCUUAUAAGGCCACGUGAAAUAGACCAUCUUUAUAUUCCAAUCACAUUAGCCGAGCGUAUCUAAAUUCUACAGUUCAGUUUGAGUCGACACGAGGGACAAAAAGCUUAACAUGUAUUUGUUUGUAAAGUGUGCUUGUGUGACAGUUUUGGGACUUAACUUAUUGUCCGUAUGUCUGUCCCUACCACAACAGCAGCAGCAACAACAGCCCGACCCAAGCAACCAGGGCGCCGGGGAACCCCACUUGAAGAUUGAGGUCCUGAUCCACGCAACGGAUUGUCCCCGGAAAUCCAAGGACUCCGACAUUUUAGUAAUUCACUAUGAAGGAUUCUAUGACAACGGAACAAAAUUCGAUUCCAGUCGGGACCGACCGGGAGCCAUUCCCUUCCAGUUCCAGCUGGGAGUAGGACAGGUGAUCCAAGGCUGGGAGAAGGGCCUCCUAGAGAUGUGCCAGGGGGAGAAGCGGAAACUGUUCGUGCCGUCCAAGCUAGCGUACGGGGAGCAUGGGUCAGGUCCCGUUAUUGCGCCAAACUCCGAUCUGGUUUUUGAGGUGGAGCUGAUCCAGGUACAUGACGGUCCCAAACCCCCCAACGUCUUCAAGAUGAUCGAUAUCGACAACGAUGACCACCUUACCAAGGACGAGAUGAGUAUGUACCUUGCCAGACAAGCGCAUGCCCAGGGAAUCCCUGUUGAUUUGGCGGCAAAGCAGCAGGAAAAAGUUCUCGACAACCUGUUUAAAUUCGAGGAUAAAAAUGGAGAUGGUAAAAUUUCCCACGAAGAAUUCAGCGGCCCAAAACACGAAGAGCUGUAGAAUGAAGUUGAGGGAUCAUUCAAAUGAAGGGGAGCACAAAACUGUGAUAGGGGCCGAUUCAGGUCUCCCAUUUAAUUAUUGUGACAUUUUAUUAAACUGGUUUAGCGGGUGUUUUACUUUAGUAAUGUAUCAAAUACAGACUUACACAAAAAUAGAGAU